AUGUCUUUUGAUAGUCCAGAAAUAUAUAGUGCACCAGUUUUACAAGGUCAAACUCCAAACGAUGAUGAUAAUACACAGAUAAUUAAAGCCUUUACAAAUUUCCUAUUGGAUUUUAGAUUUAAUUCUCAAUUUAUUUAUAGAGAUCAACUAAGAAAUUCCAUUUUAAUUAAAAGAUUCGCUUUAACUUUGAACUUAGAGCAUUUAAUCUCUUAUAAUGAGGAUUUAUACAAUAAAUUAUUGGAUGAUCCGUCGGAUACUAUACCUUUAUUUGAGAUUUCUAUCACUCAAGUAGCUAAAAGAAUGAUUAUUUUAAAUAGAAAUAGUAAUAACAGUGAUAAUAAUAAUAAUAACAUGGGUAUGAAUAUUAACAACACCGAUAUGGAGGAAUCAAAUACCAAUAAUUUAACCACGUCAUCUUCUAGUAUCGAUAUUGAUCCAAAUUUAAUUCCAAAUUUCCAAUUAAUACUUAAUUCAAACUCGAACCAAAUUAGCUUAAGAGAUUUAAAUUCUUCAUAUGUCUCUAAAAUUAUCAGGAUAUCGGGUAUAAUAAUUUCCACAUCAGUUCUAUCUUCAAAGGCAACGUAUUUACAAUUGAUGUGUAAAAAUUGUAGACAUACAACUUCUUUAAAUAUAAAUAAUACAAGCAGCGGUAUGAGUAAUAAUAAUUUUGUAUUGCCGCACUCGUGUCUGUCAAAUAAACAAAAUUUGAAUAACCCAAACUCUACAACUAUAACAAACGAUAAUAACACUACCAAUAACACAAAUUGUGGUCCUGAUCCAUAUAUGAUUAUCCAUGAAUCGUCUCAAUUUAUCGACCAACAGUUCUUAAAAUUACAAGAAAUCCCUGAAUCUGUACCAAUCGGUGAAAUGCCAAGAAAUGUCACUAUGUCUUGUGAUAGAUAUUUAACUAAUAUGGUUGUACCUGGUACACGUGUCACUUGUAUUGGUAUCUAUUCCAUAUACAACUCCAAAAAGUUUGGUUCAAACAGUGCUUCUGGUAAUAAUGGAGGUGGAAAUGCUGUCGCUAUUAGAACACCUUAUAUUAAAGUAUUGGGUAUUCAACCAAUAGUAGACACGAACUUAAAUCUUCAUAUGAACUCUAAUUCUAUAUCAUCAUUUAAUACAUUAUUCACUGAGGAAGAGGAAGAAGAAUAUCUGAAGUUAUCCCGUCAAAAGAAUAUUUAUUCUUUGUUGGCAAAAUCUAUUGCACCUUCAAUCUAUGGUAAUGAGGACAUUAAAAAGGCAAUUUUAUGUUUGCUUAUGGGAGGUUCUAAGAAAAUCUUACCAGAUGGAAUGAGACUAAGAGGUGAUAUAAAUGUUUUGUUAUUAGGGGAUCCAGGUACUGCUAAAUCACAAUUAUUAAAAUUUGUAGAAAAAGUUGCCCCUAUUGCAGUUUAUACAUCGGGUAAAGGUUCAUCUGCAGCGGGUUUGACAGCAAGUGUUCAGAGAGAUCCAAUGACGCGUGAUUUUUUCUUGGAAGGUGGUGCCAUGGUUCUUGCAGAUGGUGGUGUUGUCUGUAUUGACGAAUUUGAUAAGAUGAGAGAUGAAGAUAGAGUAGCCAUCCAUGAAGCUAUGGAACAACAAACUAUAUCUAUAGCUAAAGCAGGUAUCACUACAGUCCUAAAUUCUAGAACAAGUGUAUUGGCUGCUGCUAACCCAAUAUAUGGUAGAUAUGAUGAAUCUAAAUCACCUGGUGAAAAUAUUGACUUCCAGACGACAAUUUUAUCUAGAUUCGAUAUGAUUUUUAUUGUUAAAGACGAUCAUAAUGAGGAAAGAGAUAUUUCAAUUGCAAAUCAUGUUAUUAAUAUUCACACCGGGAAAAUUUCGCAAGAUCAACAGUAUCAAGAAAAUAAUGGUCAAGAGAUUCCAAUGGAAAAAUUGAAAAGAUAUAUUCAAUAUUGCAAAAUGAAAUGUGCACCAAGAUUAUCGCCACAAGCAGCUACUAAACUGUCAUCUCAAUUUGUUACUAUUAGGAAGCAAGUAUUAAGAAAUGAACUUGAAACUAGUGAAAGAUCUACGAUUCCUAUCACGGUACGUCAAUUAGAAGCUAUUAUUCGUAUCACUGAAGCACUAGCUAAAUUGGAAUUAUCUCCAGUAGCACAUGAGAAACACGUUGAUGAAGCAAUAAGAUUAUUCCAAGCAUCUACUAUGGAUGCUGCAUCUCAAGACGCUAGUACAGCAUUGGCUAAUUCUGCUGGUAAUAGAGCCAAUGGCCAAAAUGGCCCAGGUGGUAAGAACUUAAUGGCAAGUAUACGUUUGGUGGAACAGGAAUUGAAGAGAAGAUUACCUAUCGGUUGGUCCACUUCUUACCAAACAUUGAAGAGAGAGUUCGUUGACACGGGUAAAUGCACACAAAUGGCUUUGGAUAAAACUCUAUAUAUUUUAGAAAAACACGAUACCAUUCAAUUAAGGCAUCAAGGUCAGAAUAUUUAUAGAAGUGGUGUUUAA